AUGCGCGAUAACCUGCGAAAUGAGCGAAACAUCUUGUGUUUUGAAACGGAGGCUGCUGGGUUAAUGGAUAACUUCCCCUGUCUGGUAAUAAGGGGGAUAUCUGACUAUGCAGACAGCCACAAGAAUGACUUCUGGCAAGGAUAUGCUGCCAUCACUUCUGCUGCAUAUGCAAAAGACCUGCUUCGCAUCAUAAACGGGGGGAAUGUUCAAAACGUUGAGCCUGUGGUCGCGGUGAUUGAGAGAUUUGCUCAAACCGUAGCAUCAAUCGAAGACAAUGUAUCUGCAAUGAGAACAAUCCACGACCAGGAGAAGAAGGACAAGAUCCUGAGUUGGCUCUCUCCACUGACACACAGCGACGAGCAGACUGCGCACAUGGACAAGAGGACCGCCAACACUGGCAAAUGGUUUUUAGAGUUAACUGAAUUCCAAGAACUGGUCAAUGGCUCCAACGUCACUGUUUACUGCCAUGGGAUUCCUGGGGGUGGCAAAAGCAGCCUGGCCUCUCUGGCCAUCGAUUACCUCUACAAGCUUCAGCGCCAGCGCGAGGGGCUGGGCAUUGCGUAUGUGUUUUUCAGUUUUGAUCGCGAGACUACGCAGUCUCUGCCUAACCUAAUCGCGGCUCUAGCAAAACAGUUUGCGAUGCAGUUCCCUAGCCUGCCCCAGGUUGUCGAGGAGUUUUACGAGACGCACUCCAGCCAACAACGCCGUCCAUCCAUCCGAGAACUGAUUCUGUUGUUAAAGCAGUUGAUCAGUGGGCUCGAGACCAGCAUUAUCGUUCUCGAUGCCCUUGACGAGUGCAUUGAUUCCAGUGAAACCCUGGGCAAGUUCAUGCAAAUCCUCUUCCAACUGCAGAAUGAGAAUAAGGAGACGGCAACGAAUAUUCUAGCCACUUCGAGGAUUAACCAUAAUAUCAAGACCCUGUUCGACAAGUCACCCUACAUCGUCGAGAUUCGUGCACGGGACGAUGAUCUUAGGGAGUUCCUCGUUGCGCGGCUCUCUGUGAACCACGUUCGGACACUGCCCACGAAAGGACACAUCAGGGAUGCAAUCAAUAACCUAUCCCACGGUCUACACGAGCUUGACAAAUUAUAUUCCGCCGCUGUACGGAGGUUGGAGAACAAAGGGGAGCAAACACGAGAGCUGGCGAAGCACAUUUUGGCUUGGAUUGUACACGUGAAAAGGCCUCUUGUGACCGAGGAGCUUCAGCAUGCCCUUGCUAUACGACCAGAAACCAGCGCACUGGACAGAAAGCUUAUCAGUGACUAUUUUUCAAAUAUUGGGCAUCUGCAAUCGGUAUGCGAAGGGCUGGUGGAGGUUGACAAGCGCAAUAACAUCCGCCUGGCGCAUCACACGACAUACGAAUACUUUGGCCGACUUCAAGCCGACUGGAUAACAACCGCCGAAUCUCACGUCGCCAGGAUGUGUUUGACGUACCUGUCAUAUGAAAUAUUUGGCAGAGACGUUGGUUCAGACGAGUUGGACGGCAGAGCUCAGCUGAUUGAAUAUCCAUUCUAUCAGUAUUCCGCCCAGUACUGGGGGUAUCAUAUCCGGAAUGCUGGCCUGGAUGGCAGUGACUUCGUCCUAAGCUUCCUCACAAGCAAGAAUAAAUUUCGAACUAGCUGCGAGGCCAUGUUAAGCCUCAAACACCCAUUCCACGACGAGGAAAUCGACGAGCUUGGACUGAGAGACGCGCCGGUACUCCAUGUAGCAGCAUGGUUUGGGCUCGAAGGGUCACUUGAACGCCUGAUUAGUCUGGGGAGUGAUCCAAAUACCAAGGACUGGCGAGGAGGCACGCCACUUAUUUGGGCGGCCAUUGGUUCGCAGCGGUCCACUUUUAGCUCGUUACUGCGCAAUGGACAAGUUGAUGUAAACGCCUGCGAUCUUGAUGGGACAACAGCAUUGCACGAGGCAGUCAACCAGGGAGAAGAGAGCAUGGUCCAGCUCUUGCUUAAAAGGAGCGAUAUCAAUGUGAAUCAAAGAGAUAUGUUCCAGGCCACGCCUCUUCAUGUAGCUUGCAUACAGAACCAGGCAGCACUUGCCAGGAUCAUAGCGUCAUCUGACAAGGCAGCCCUAAACCUGCGGGAUUGCGAUGGCUGGACACCGCUGUUCUUGUCUGUCAACAACAACGACGCCGACACGGCCAACGUGCUUAUUCAAGCUGGCGGCACCGAGUUGAAUUUCAGGGAUGCGAACGGCGUAUCGCCGCUUGUGAAGGCAGCGUAUCAAGGUUCAAAUUUGGUUUUUGACCUGUUACUAGAAGUGGAUGGAGUCGACGUUAAUUUCAGAAGUGCCGGCAACGGCACAGCAUUGUUUGCCGCAGCGAUGCAUGGGCGUGAAUAUAUUGUCACCCGUCUUCUAGGUAUGCCGGGAAUUGAUGUAAAUCCAAGCGAGGAGAUAUUGAUAACACCAUUGAUCGUGGCAAUAUCGAUGGGUCAUGUUCCCAUCGUCAGGUUACUCCUGGAUACCGAGAAGAUUGAUGUGAAUGACACUGGCUGUUCUAUCAGAACACCUCUUAUGUGCGCGGCAGCUGCAGGACAAGAAAUAGUUACUCGCCUACUAUUACAGGAAUACCACGCGGACGCUACGAAGCAGAGCAGCGAUGGGGCCACGGCACAGACAAUAGCAACAUUGCAUGGCCACCUCUCUAUUGCAAGUCUGUUGGAAAAUUGGAUUCAGGGCACUGGCCGGCCCAGAACGCCUGCCAACGGUGCUCAUUUAACAGGUCGACUUGAUAAUAUAGAUGAGGAACAUCGCUCCUCCGGGGCGGAAACCUACGAAGAAAAGCAUGAUAUAAGUCAAGCUACAUCACUUGGUCCUAUUCAGAAACCGGAUCUGGCCUGGGAGCUUGGAAGGACUAUAUUAGAAAGUCUUGAAACUUUCCUUAACCACGGAGUAGGAGUGGACCAUUCAAUUGGUGCACACGGAACCACUUUGCUCAUGUUAGCCAUCAAAGCCAACCAGGCAGCGGUGGCUAUUAUCCUCCUCGAAAACCAUGCAGAUCCGAAUAUCACGGAUUCCCGAGGGACAAGUCCACUGCAUAUUGCUCUCAACACGAGAAACACGCAGCUGGCCCAGAUCUUACUGAAGUACGGUGCCGACCCCAAUGCGCGCCAUGGCAUGGGUCUGACACCACUAGCAGCUGCAAUCGACUUUGAAAGCGCCCAAAUGGUGACUUGUCUACUGGAUAGCGGCGCCGAUCCGUACUAG